AUGCGGCUCUCCUCCGCGCUCCUGGCGAACCCCGGGCACAUCGAAGCUGCGCCACACGACACGCCAGCGACGCCGCCUGCCUCCUUUGCGAACUACAACGUGCCGGAUGGCGGCCACAUGCAAUCGGCGCCGCCGGCACCGCCAAUGCGCCAUGCCACCCACAAGGAGAAGCUGCCCCAGUACGGCUCGCCCUACCUGUGCUAUCCGAUGAUCGCCCUGAAAGCUCCGGACGGAGCGCAGCCGACGCCAAUGGUCUCGUCGGUUCCAGUGGCCCCGGCUUUGCUGGCACAUCUCGCGCCGAUGGAGCCUCCGACAAGGGCGAACCGCCGCUGCGACCAAGCGAAGCGCUUCCUCUGA